AUGAGUUCUAUUGCAAUUCACGCUGCAUUCUUUGAAGCAUUAAAUAAAACUCUCCACUCAUGUUCAACUACACCACAAGACCUCUUAAACCCACUUUUCAAAAUCCCUUCCGAUUCCCCCAUGCCUCUUGUCUGUCCACCCCUUGAGCAAAGACUUGACAUUCGACCUAAGUUCUCGCAAGUAUUAGACGAGGCUGGUGCGCAUUACUUAGUUCCUGAUUUUCUUAAAAAAGUUAUUCUCGGAAAAUAUUGGGCGGGAGACAAGCAUGCCCGAGAUAUCCCGGAUUUUCGUUCCAGGAUUAUGACAUUUUCUUUGAUGCCAGAAGAGUUUGAGGAAUUAGUGGUGCUAACAAAGAAACAUGGGUCAACAAUUAAUUCGGUAGUGCAUAUCGCCAUGAUUUUUUCUGCAUAUCGUAAUUUAUGGAGUGACGAGAGUAAAAAUGAUGAUAAAGAGAGAUUUUUGAGAACCGAAUCGCCUAUAUCACUCCGACCUUAUGCGACACCGCAAAUACCAUGGUCAGACGUGGGAAAUUAUGUUACCGAGUUUACAUUUGAACAUAAACUUAAAUCAUCGGAGCGAAACUUUUGGAAAUUAUGUCACAUCUAUAGAUCGAAACUCUUAUCUAGUGUCCCGCAUGCCAUUGGGCAUGUAGGAAUGUUAGAUUACCUGGAGAGUGAUAACGAUGCGUGGGAAACUUACCUCAAAGAUAAGAUGAAUUCACAAAACAAUGGAAGAAGUUAUUCGCUAGGGUUGUCGAAUAUAGGAAGGUUUCCUAUUAAUCAGGUGCCAUCCUCUCUUCUUAAAUGUGAUUCUCAAGAAGACAUACUCAAAACUUCUGACAUAACUAAUAAUGGCAAUGGUGGUGGUGGUGGUUUGAAGAUAGUAGAUAUGAUAUUCACCCAAGCCCCUUUUACAGUUGGAACUACAAUUCGGGUAAAUUGCUUGUGCUUUGGUAAAAAGUUGGGCCUAAGUGUAGUUUAUCAAAAAGGUGUAGUAACGGAUGACAAGAAAAUUGAGAAGUUUGGCGAAGGAAUUUUGAAGUGUUUAAGAAUUCUACUCGCGAAAGGUGAAAUUGAAAUUGACGAAAAGGAUUUAUAA